GACGACCCAUUCGGAGUUUCCACCUAUUAAUUAUGCUUUUGGAAUAAGUACUUUGGAUUAGGUCGGGUCUCUUGACUCAUAGUCCCUGGCAUAGAUAAACGAUCCAUUCAAUACCUUUUCUCCAGUUCCAGUUCAGUGUUUGUCCAAGGAUCAAAAGCUUUCCCAGAAUGGUUCAGUGCAGUGGGUUGGGCCACGUCCUACGAUAGUGUUUGGGGGGUGCUCUCGUGAUGACGCUGUAUCCGAUGGUCUCAGGAGGUCCGUGCUCAGAUAUAGAUACAAGAUACGGGGGAGUCGUGCUCGGCAACUCGGCAACUCGUCAACUCGGUAAAUCAGUGCUGGGGAAGACGGAGCACUCAAUUACACAGAUUGCGAACGGCAUGGAGGACAAGGCGGGCAGAUAAGAUUUCCCCCGGGGCUGGCCGAACAGGGUGCCGUGUGUGGGCUGCCAGGGGGCCGCACAAGGGGCCCCUGGAAAGGGACACCCUGUCGCGCUCUCUUCCCAGAGGUUUAUCAGCCGAACGGAAAGACAAGAGGGCGGAGAACACUUAAGAAGUGCUACCCCAAAAUCGUAUAAAACCAGUUAACUGCCGGCACCGUAGCAAGCCACUUGGUUAGCUCAACUCUCUUUUUUUUGGACGCAUAUUCGGACGCAUAUCGUAGAUAUCGGAGACAUGUCGUCGAUGCACCAGCUGCUCCUGUACUCGCUCUGCCUCUGGGCCGUGAUCGUGUUCUGCGCCCCCGCGCCGGUCGAGACGCGCAGGGUGAUCUUCCUCAAGCCGAACGGCAUCCACCGCGGCCAGAUCCUGGCCACCCACGGGAUGGAGAAGCCCUGCCCCCAGUGCCACAUGCACGACCACCGGGGCAACUGUCGCCGCAUCAUCUCCUACAAUGCAGAUGGCGUCCGCUGCUAGCCCGUGCAGCGAACCGACCUGAAGUGAACGACCCAUCAUCAUCGCCACGAAUCUCCUCCCAGCCAACUAUUUAUUUAUGCCAUCUAUCCGUCUCGCACGCCGCACUAUUUAAUUAAUCGUAAUCCGUAAUAAAACAUCAAAUAGCCGCAAGAGCGGCAAUUAAGUAAA